AUGGCAUGCAGACACGGGUGCUGCUGCGGCUCCGGUCCCCUCAACGAGGACAACGCGCGGUUCCUCCUGCUGGCCUUGCUCAUCGUCGUCUACCUGCUGUGCGGCGCCGCCGUCUUUUCGGCCCUGGAGCAGCCCAAGGAGAAGGAGGCGAAGGAGCGCUGGGCGCAGCGGUUUGAGCAUUUCAGCCAAAAGUACAACCUGAGCAAGACGGAGCUGAGCAACUUCCUGAGGAACUACGAGGAAGCCAACGUGGCGGGGAUCCGCGUGGACACCAUCAGACCCCGGUGGGACUUCACCGGCGCCUUCUACUUCGUUGGGACCGUCGUCUCCACCAUAGGGUUUGGGAUGACCACUCCUGCCACCAUUGGAGGGAAACUCUUCCUGAUGUUUUACGGCCUCAUUGGCUGCGCUGCCACUAUCCUCUUCUUCAACCUCUUCCUGGAACGUGUCAUCACCGUCAUCGCCUUUGUGCUCAAGUCCUGCUACGAGCGCCGUCAAAACAAGAUUGCGCUCCCGCAAAAUGGCCGCCGCAACUCUCAGGGGAGUGGGGGAGGUGCUGGAGGUAAAGGGGGAGAGCUGGCAGGCUGGAAACCCUCGGUCUACUGCGUAAUGCUGAUCCUGUGUGUGGCGGCCGUCUUGGUGUCCUGCUGUGCCUCAGUCAUGUACUCGGCUGCCGAGGGCUGGGGCUACUUGGACUCCCUAUACUUCUGCUUUGUGGCCUUCAGCACUAUUGGCUUUGGGGACAUGGUGAGCAGCCAGCGGGCUGUCUACGAGGGCCAAGCUACAACUGCCUACCGGCUGGGCAACUUCUUCUUCAUCCUGACCGGCGUCUGCUGCAUCUACUCCCUUUUCAACGUCAUCUCCAUCGUCAUUAAGCAGGUCCUCAACUGGCUGCUGAGGAGGCUGGAGGCCCCAUGUCGCUGCUGUUUCCCAGGGAGGGGAGGACACCACCCGCACCGACACCCCCGACGCAAUGUGGUGGCACCGGGACACCUGCGUGCCCGCCGAGACCCCUCAAUUGAGACGGACGCGGUCAACGAAAGCGAGACUGACACUGGUCGUAGGAUGUCUGGAGAGAUGAUCUCCAUGAGGGACUUCCUGGCAGCUAAUAAAGUGAAUCUGGCUAUAAUGCAGAAGCAGCUGUCGGAGAUGGCCAAUGGGCACCCUCGCCAGUCCAGUUCACGCCAGAAUGGUUUCUCUGGAGGGGUAGGCGCUUUAGGCAUUAUGAACAACCGACUGGCAGAAACCAGUGUGGACAGAUAG